ACAAGAAAAUGAGCCAAAGUGAUAGCAUUUGGGUAAAAGUUCACCUAAAAUCUUCCAUCGAGAAGUUCUAUGGGUUCUUCAGGAACCAUAUGGAGGAUUUGGUCAAUAUGUUUCCUGAGCAAUUUAAGAGCUUCGCAUUUGUUGAAGGUCAAAGUUUAUCUGCUGAUACUGUUGUACAGUUGGAAUACAACCUUGGAAGUCAUCAAUUAUUAACAGCAAACAUAAAGCUAAAAGUGGUGGAUGAUAUGAAGAAAUACAUAAUUUAUGAGGCUGUUGAAGGAGAUGUGCUAAAGAAUUACAAAGUGUUCACUACGAGACUUGAAGUUGUUAAUGGAAGCUUAAGCAAAGUUGGAGGAGGAAGCUUUGCAAAAUGGACUAUUGAUUUUGUGAAGGCAAAUGAAAAUGUGCCUUCACCUGAAAACUACUUGGAAAUGUUUAUCAACAUGUCCAAAGGUGUUGAUGCUUAUUUUUCCAAGAACCAAAAGCCCUAAAUUACUCAAGCUGUGUAACCUAAAGUUUGGAGACUUUCUACUUGGCUUGUUCUUAAAAUAAGAAAAUGGAUGCAAUCACUACUACAAAAAUUGAAUUACUUGACAUUAAUACAGUGUCAUGUAAAUCUAUACUUGACGUUUUAAAAAGCGUCAAGUAAUCGACUGUCAAGUAUAGUUCUAUUACUUGACACUAAAAAAACGUCAAGUACUCUAUUGCUUGACAUCAUUUUUGUGUCAAGUAAGAUAGUAUACUUGACAAUAUUUACACGUCGAGUAAAUUAUAUACUUGACUCUAUUUACCUGUCAAGUGAGAUAGUAUACUUGACACUAUUUACAAGUCGAGUAAGAUAUAUAUUUGACUCUAUUUACCUGUCAA